AUGGCCACCUCCGGCGACUUAGCGGGGCAGCAGCUGACGUAUCAAAACCUGGAACAGGUGGUUCGGCCGCCCGUGCCCACAGUCUCCCGGACACUGGCCGCGAAGCACCACAUACCAUUCGAAGCCGAGCUCGCGGUGGUGGCCUGCGUGGGCACGUACUUGAGCGUUUGCAGCCUUGUCUUCUGCUACCUCUCGGACGGUGCUUGGUCCUUCGGCGACGGUGUCUACUUCUGCCUGGUGACUCUGACAACCGUCGGCUUCGGUGACCUCGUCCCCUGCGAAGCCCUGCGAUGUCGGCUCGUUGGCAUGGCCUUCAUCUGGACCAAUGUUCUCAUGGUCAGCGCCGUCCACAGCAUCGUGGGUGCUCGUGUUGAGCGUGAAGUGUCGCGCAUCGGCCAGCGCCUAGGACUCUCACAGCUCGCGGUGCAUCUGCUGGCGCUGAGCCUCUUCAUCGGAGUGCUAGCAGCAGGGUACAGCAACUACGAGGAGAGGUCCCUUCUGGAUGGCAUCUACUUCUCCGCCUCGACACUGAGUACCGUUGGCUACGGGGCGAUCGCGCCCAGCCCUGGCACAUCCAGGUUGCUGAUGUGCCCAAUUCUCUUCGUCGGGGUGGUUUCCGUUGGCAACAUUGCCUCCUACUUGGCAGAGGCUGCCAAGAAGCGGCUCGAGGCGAAGAUGCACUACACCUGCUACGACAAGCCCACGCGCGCGGUCAUCAGCAUCUUCGUCAUUCUGGGCUCGGCGGCACUGGGCGGGCUGGUGUUCAAGUAUGCGGGCGGAGAGGACUGGAGCUUCAACGAGGCGCUCUACUUCUCGGUGGUCACCAUGACCACCGUGGGCUUUGGAGACUUCGCCCCCAUUUCAACCAACUUCCAGAAGAUCCUGGCCGUGCUCUUCAUCAUGGUGUCCAUCACCCUGCUGGCAGUGCUUUUCGGCUUCAUCAGCGCGGAGGCCCAGACCCUCAGCUGCGAGCCGUCUUGCAGCGGCCAACCGCUUCGGCGGCGCAUGGGCGGCCGCUUUCGGUCACUCUUCCAGACAGGACUCCACCCUGGCCCAUCCCUGCUUCUCCUGCUGCUGCACGCCGUCUGCGGCGCCUUGUUCGUGGCGGUCGAGUCAUGGAGUUUCCUGGACUCCGUCUACUUCACCUCUGUGGCGUUGACGACCGUCGGCUACGGCGACCUCACGCCACAGACGGAAGUGGGGCGGAUGAUCACCACCGGCCUCGUCCUUACCGGAGUUCCCUCCACGGCUGAAUCUCCCACUUCAAGCAGCAUGCCCUGGUCACGUCCUUGUCGGGCCGGUUCUCCAGCAGGCUCGUGCGGCGCUUUCAGAAAUUGGACGACUGAAACCUCUCUGCCUUCCCGCUUCCUCCACCGACAGGAACCGCCUCACAUGCGAUGGCUUGGCGGCUUAUCCCAUGGCCGGGGACCUCUCUGCAAAAGCAUUCAACUGAGAAUGGGUGACGAUGUUUUGUCCCACUGGAAGGGACGACGAGCGCGUCUGGACUGUGCAAUGUGCUCUGCUGUUUAUCGAUCGUGA